UAGUGUCAUUCUCCCUCCCAGCUUUAGCGCUGCCAAAAUGAAACGCCCCUUCCACUCCCUCAUCAUUUCUCUCAUCCUAACAUCUGUGUUUGGGAACGACGGCCUGGUGGAUCAGCUUGAGAAAGGAGGGGAAGAUUCUAAGUCUGUGGAUCCCCAAUGGGGGCAGUUAAAUAGCAAAAACCUGAGUAUGCCCCUUCUCCCUGCUGACUUCCACAAGGAAAACACGGUUACCAACGACUGGAUCAUAGAGGGGGAGGAGGAUGAGGAUUAUCUGGAUCUGGAGAAGAUAUUCAGUGAAGAUGAUGACUACAUCGACAUCAUUGACGCGGUUUCACCGACAGAUUCAGAGGCCAGUGCUGGGAACAUCCUCCAGCUCUUCCAAGGCAAGAGCCGGAUCCAGCGUCUUAACAUCCUUAAUGCAAAGUUUGCUUUCAACCUUUACCGAGCACUGAAGGAGCAGGCCAAGCCUUUUGACAACAUUUUCAUAGCCCCUGUGGGCAUUUCUACGGCCAUGGGAAUGAUUUCCUUGGGCCUGCAGGGAGAGACUCAUGAACAAGUGCACUCGAUUUUGCAUUUUAAAGACUUUGUCAAUGCCAGCAGCAAGUAUGAGAUCACGACCAUUCACAAUCUCUUCCGUAAACUGACUCAUCGCCUCUUCAGGAGGAAUUUUGGGUACACACUGCGGUCAGUCAAUGACCUCUACGUCCAGAAGCAAUUUCCAAUUCUGGAUGACUUCAAAAUUAAAGUAAGAGAGUACUACUUUGCCGAGGCCCAGGCAGCUGACUUCUCAGACCCUGCCUUCAUAUCGAAAACCAAUAACCACAUUCUGAAGCUCACCAAGGGCCUCAUAAAAGAUGCUCUGGAGAAUAUAGACCCAGCUACGCAGAUGAUGAUUCUAAACUGCAUCUACUUUAAAGGAUCCUGGGUGAAUAAAUUCCCAGUGGAAAUGACCCACAACCACAACUUCCGGCUGAAUGAAAGAGAGGUAGUUAAGGUUUCCAUGAUGCAGACCAAGGGGAACUUCCUGGCAGCAAAUGACCAGGAGCUGGACUGCGAUGUCCUACAGCUGGAGUAUGUGGGGGGCAUCAGCAUGCUAAUUGUGGUCCCACACAAGCUGUCUGGGAUGAAGACCCUGGAGACACAGCUGACGCCCCAGGUGGUGGAGAGAUGGCAAAAAAGCAUGACAAAUAGAACGAGAGAGGUUCUCCUGCCUAAAUUCAAGCUGGAGAAGAACUAUAAUCUGGUGGAGGCCCUGAAGUCAAUGGGGGUCACAGCACUGUUUAACAAAAACAGCAACAUGGCGGGAAUCUCAGGCCACAAGAUCAUCAUCGACCUGUUCAAGCAUCAAGGUAUCAUCACAGUGAAUGAGGAGGGCACUCAAGCUGCUGCCGUGACCACAGUGGGGUUCAUGCCGCUGUCCACCCAAGUCCGCUUUACUGUCGACCGCCCCUUCCUGUUCCUCAUCUAUGAGCACCGCACCAGCUGCCUGCUCUUCAUGGGGAGAGUUGCAAACCCCACCAAGUCUUAAAGGUGGAGGUCUGGGCAUUUCAAGUGUUUUGGGGGCAUUCUAUAAUUCUGUUUCCACCCUAUCAAUGAGAAUGGAGAUGUUCUGAAAAGCUUGCUGGAAUCAAUUCUGCGUAGUGAACAAUGCCGUCAGUUCAUAGAAGUAAAUGUUCCUGUGGCGAGUCAGCCGUUACCU